AUGGACAUCGCCAAAACCCUCAUCCGCUGCGUCAUGCGCGCCUUCUACUCCACGCAAGAAAUCCUCAUCAUCGACGCCCUGGUGCAACACUCCUGCCUGCGCGACGACGACCUAGGCCACCUAAUGAAGCUGGGCAACAAAGACCUACACAAAGCGUGCGCGGGCCUCCGCGACACGCGCUUCCUCGUGGUGCACACGCGCCCCGAGCUCCAGGCCGGCAAGUCCCGCCCGCAGAACAAGACGUACUACUACAUCGACUACCGGCAGACCAUCGACGCCAUCAAGUGGCGCGUAUACAAGACCGACAAGGACAUGCAGGGCAUCGCCAAGCCGUCCGAGGAAAACAAGGAGUACGUGUGCCCGCGCGUGGGCUGUGAGGCGCAGUGGAGCCAGAUGGAGGUCUUGGACAGCGUCUCCUCACGCGGCUUCACCUGUCAGAGGUGCGGCUCGGUGCUGGAGCAGGCGAAGGAGCGGGAGGCGCCCGGUCAUCAGCAGCUGUCGAGGAUGAACAACCAGUUCAAGUUCAUGACGGACAUGUUGCAGGAGGUCGACAAGGUGGUGAUCCCGGAAUGCAACUUUGAUUUGGCGCUGGCGAACGCCAGGCCUAUCGUCCGGCUGGAGACGCACGAGGUGGCGAUUAGCGUGCCGGUGGACUCGGCGCUGAACAAGCCCAGCGCUGUCAAGGGUCUGGCGAACACGGGACCCAAGACGAUGCAGGUUAUCAUUUCCACGGGCGACGACGAUGCGGAGCAGGCGGAGGCGGCGAGGAAGAGGCAGGAGGAGCUGCUGAGGCAGAACGCACUGCCGGAGUGGAUAACGUCCAGCUCGGUGCCGACAACAGGUGGGUCCAAGCCUACUGGGCCUGCUGCGGCGUCGCUGCUUGAUUCAUCGUCGGCAGUUAAGGAUGAGACGGCGGUAGAUGAGCCGCCCGCUAAGAAGGUCAAACUGGAGAUCCAGGGCGAUAUUUCGGUCAAGGAUGAGGAUCCCAUGCCGAUGAGCUUCAAGAUGGAGGGCGGGGAUGAUGAAGAGGAUGAUCUCGAGUUUGAGGACGUCAUGUGA